GAAAUCAGCAUCAGAAAAGCUUGAUCCUGUUUUAGGAUCGGAGACCGCACUUGGGAAUCAUCAGCAAAGUGAUUCCAUGGAACAAUUGUAAAUAAUUUAAUCAUCGCGCCGCUUUUUUUUAAAGCAGACGCAUGUGUAAGUUAUUUUUGUAGUUGGAACUUUUUGUUUGAUUACAAACUACACAGCAGACGACGUCAUGCAGCAAGUCCUUUAGCCAGUAAACUAGUUAGUCUCAUAGCAGUGUGUGCGGGUGUUUGCGAUAGAUGAUAUAUUGGGUAGGUGCUGGGCGGCUGUCAAUGAACAAAGCGUGAAGUGGAGUAGUAAAAUCGUGCCGCGGUGGUGCUAUUGUCAGCGUAUUGAAGACACAAAGGCAGCUAGAAGUACUUUUGACUAACGGUAGGCCGCUGACGUCGGCUCAGGUUCAGCGGCCAUCGUUGUGCUCAACCAGUUUUUCUCUGUUGCAUUUGGUGAAGUGUAAGAGGAAAGCUGGGGGUAACGAAGUUGGGUAAUCAACGGCACUAGGCUAUGUGAUCAAAGCGGAGGUGCCCAUGUUGUGGCGAACGCGCGGGCCCCACAGGCUGCCGGAGCCUCAUGAGGACAUCCUACCACCGCUACAAGUAUCACCUUUCUUCGGCAGAAGCAGAUACAGGCUUAAAGGCGACGAAUGGAUGGGACGAGAAGCUGGUGCCAGUGAUACUGUUACUAAUAGGUCCAGUUAUAACUGCAGCAGCAGUUACUCAACGUGGUGUUGUCCAACAGCAGAUCGCAUUGUACUAGUCAACAACAACAAUAAUAAUAAUAAUCAUAGCCUCGACGUGGUGCCAACAUCACAUGGCAUUCGCGAUGCUGAUGCUACGAAAGAGGAUGUACAGGGCUUCCAACGGUUCACCGAUCAUUCCUCACACUCAGGUAUAAGUGACUUUAGGCAAAAAUCAAUAGUCUCUUCAGGCCACACGCAAGCGGUUAAAGAUCGUCUUUUGCCUACCAUAACGGAAGUGUCGUCCUUAGUCGGCGUUUUGCCAAAGAAGACCGACUGGAUCUCGACGCGGUCAUUAGCUGUAAUUAAGAAGACGAUCUCAAGAAUAACUGGAGGAGGCUUUAGUGAACACCGGUACUGUCACAAGAGGUUUCAAACUAACGAGGAUAAGAAUCUUGUUCAUAUCGAUCGUGUUAACGAUUACAAAGGCGAACUGAAUAGAUAUACUACUUUGUCAGCUGUCUUGACAAUUGUCCGACCAUCGCCGGAUCAAGCGUCGCUGGUCUCUACCUGCAGUUCAUCAGCAUCAAAGCAUCCUUGCCAACACGCAUCCAGAAGUCGGCAACACGGAUCCAUUUGUCGCUUCACGUCACUUAACGUCGUUGUAAUCAGUGUAUUGUUUCUAUUGGUGUUUCUGGCAGGUCCCGCUUAUUGCGGCCAUUAUGUCCAUUGCGGGAAAUUGCUCAUUGGUCAAUAUAGAUGCCCGGAACCCGAAAUCGAUGUGAUUACACAACAGGUUUCGGGUUGUUAUUCGAACAAUUCUGCUCCAGUCGUCUGUACAUUAGCACCAGAAAUCUUCUGCCUGGGUGGAACGGGAAUUAACGAUACACAUUUCAUCAGUGAGGUGCCGUGUGAAUGGACAAAUGGGUAUUCUUUCGAAUUCUCUCUACUUCUCUCGGUGUUUUUAGGCUGGCUCGGAUUAGACCGCCUCUACCUCGGCUACCCCGGCCUCGCCUUGGCAAAGUUUUGCACACUUGGUGGUAUAUUCCUUUGGCAACUCAUCGACAUCGUCCUUAUUGCUAUGCAGGUUGUUCGUCCAGCCGACGGCUCACAAUACGUGGUAUCGUAUUUUGGACCAAGGCUGACUCGACUCUCACUUAACAAUGAAACACAAAUUCUACCUCAGGACGAUUGGUAACUUCAAGCGUAACGACAGGAGAAUUAGUCAUACUUGACUGACAUGGACUACCCUAUAGACUACAAAAGCCGGCUUUGUUACGACCUAAUAGAAAUGGCCUCAAAUAAAUUUAUCUCGCGUGGAUCCCGAAACAUUCGAGAUGGUUAAACAUACUAACAGCAGCGAAUUAAUAAUAAGAAUUGGUAGGUGCUUCUGGUCGUAAGAACCAGUAACCGUUGUUGUCUUGCGCGAUACUUGGUAUCCUAGGUGCGUAUCGUAAACAUGGUUGCAGUAGUUCACUAUUGAAAUAAAAUUAUACAACCGUAUAAAGAGAAUUUGCCAAUAUUUUAUAGUACCAUGGGUACGAACAGCCGGUUCUUCACUAGCGUCGGCGCUUAACCACUAAAUACAGCCGUACCUGUUCAGUCGAGCAUUAAUUUGUGUCGUUCCCUUGGCAGUAGAUCUUUAUAUCUAUUAAUGACUAAUAGUUACCUGCUUGUUGGAACGGAUGAUAAGGCGAGCUAUUAUCAAUCAAUCUCUUGUUGUAAUGAGUUUAGAUAUGGCUUGUCAACCAAAA